UCUCGCCUGAAAAUUCAAAAGGCAAAAAUAAAAUUUCUCCGAUCAAAAAUUCCGGAGUAGGCCAAUUGUAAAAGAGAUAGAAACAUAGGAACAAACUCUGGUGGAAGCCAAUCUUAGUUUACAUUUAAAAGAGAAAGCUGUUUGAUUCCAUAGAAUCUUUCACUGGAUGACAAUAUUCAUUUCUCCAUAUAAAAGAAAAAAACAACCUGUUUGGCUGUGAUUUUAAUUAUUUCCUUUAUUGAAUAGAUCCAAAGAGCUAUACAAGGAAGGUAACACGUUAGCUGUGGUGCAAAUAAUUCUGGAGGACCAGAGCUUAUCGUUCUUAGUAGGAGGAGAGAGGGAGAAUUGCCACCAGGUCCACCACCAGCAUCGACAUUACUAGGAGCAGAGAAAAAUGAAUGGAGAUAGAGAGGAUGCUCGGCCCAGAAAAUUCCAUGAUGAAGAGCGGUUGGCCGUUGAGAUUCCUGAAACUGCUCAUCAGAUUAGCAGUGAUUCAUGGUUUCAAGUGGGUUUUGUGCUCACAACUGGUGUCAACAGUGCCUAUGUACUGGGAUAUUCUGGGACCAUUAUGGUUCCUUUGGGUUGGACAGUUGGUGUAGUUGGUUUGAUUAUAGCCGCUGCAAUAUCAUUGUAUGCAAAUUCACUUGUUGCCAAGCUUCAUGAGUAUGGGGGAAAGAGACACAUCAGAUACAGAGAUCUUGCAGGAUAUAUUUACGGUAAGAAAGCUUAUUCUUGUACAUGGGGAUUGCAAUAUGUAAACCUUUUCAUGAUUAACACCGGAUACAUUAUUUUGGCUGGUCAGGCUCUCAAGGCUGUCUAUGUUCUUUUUAGGGAUGACGAUGCAAUGAAGCUCCCGUACUUCAUUGCCAUUGCUGGAUUUGUAUGUGCUUUGUUUGCCAUCUCAAUUCCCCAUUUGUCAGCUCUAAGAAUUUGGUUGGGAGUUUCAACAGUCCUCAGUCUGAUAUAUAUCAUUAUAGCAAUUGUUCUCUCCACUAGAGAUGGCCUCAGAGCACCACCAAGGGAUUAUAGUAUUCCAGGAACAUCAGCAUCCAAAAUAUUUACAUCAAUUGGGGCAGGUGCUAGUCUGGUUUUUGCCUUUAACACAGGAAUGCUUCCAGAGAUACAGGCAACCAUAAGGCCACCUGUUGUUAGUAAUAUGAUGAAAGCUUUGUACUUCCAAUUCAUAAUUGGAAGUUUGCCAUUAUUUGCUGUCACUUGGAUUGGCUAUUGGGCUUAUGGAAAUUCAACAGCCACCUAUUUGCUUAGCAGCGUCAAUGGUCCAGUUUGGGUGAAGACAAUGGCCAACAUUUCUGCAUUCCUGCAAUCUGUCAUUGCUUUGCAUAUUUUUGCAAGUCCAAUGUAUGAAUACUUGGAUACCAAGUUUGGGAUUAAAGGCAGUGCAUUAGCGUUGCGCAACUUGUCAUUUCGAUUAGGGGUGAGGGGUGGCUACCUAAGCAUGAACACAUUGGUGUCAGCUCUUCUGCCUUUCCUGGGAGAUUUUGAGAGCCUCACUGGGGCCAUCAGCACCUUUCCCCUCACAUUUAUACUUGCUAACCACAUGUACCUGAGGGCAAAGAAGAGUGAACUGACCAAGUUGCAAAAGAAAUGGCAUUGGCUCAACGUUUGUUUCUUCAGCUGUAUGUCUGUUGCAGCAGCAGUUGCAGCACUGAGGCUUAUUGCAGUAGAUUCCAAGACAUACCAUGUUUUUGCAGAUUUGUAGAGUGGGGGGAUUUGAUUGAAACCCUUUUUCAGAAAAUUUCAGUGACAUUUAGAUUUCUUCUUGUAUUUGGCUGUAUCUUUAAGCAUAGAAUAAAAUACUUUCUCGAUGUAACAUGUUGAACUUCUAGAAAAUGAUGCAGAGUAAUGAAUAGCGGUAUUAUCGAGUUUGGAAUGAUCCAGAAAAUGAUGCAGAGUCAUG